AUGACCAGCCCAAACAUCCCCAUCCCCCCUUUCCUUGUGCCUUUUUACAAAGCAAAGUUUGACUGCUAUGCCGACGGGGGGAUACCAUAUCCCCCUUCUCACGCCGACGUCGCCAUGGCCUGUCGCGUCGCCACCAGGUUGUCCAACCGGAGCGAGCUAGAUCGACCCGAGAUUGUCACUGCCUCGGCCACCCUCUUCCAAACCCUCUUGAACGCCCGCAAUGCCGCCGACGCCAGCGACCGCACAGCCCAGCCCGUUCCCCUCGCUGGCAUGGAUCUUGCCGCAGUCCUCGCCGCCUUUCAACACGUCCUUCGUCAAUCUCUCGCCCCCUUGGAAGCCUCCUGUCGGGUGCCCGGUAUUGUAUGGAUACCUGACUCGCCCGAACAAUAUAAUAUCCCACCUAAGGAGUUAGGUGAUGAUGCACAUAAGGAUAGAAGAAACCUCGACGCCAAGUUGUCGACGGGAAUCACAGAGCUCGACGCCAAACUGUCGACCAAGAUCACAGAGCUCGACACAAAACUCUGUGGGAAGAUGACCGACCUGCAAGGUCAAAUGCAAGACGGACUUUCACGGGUCAACCAGCGACUGGACCAGAACCGGGCAGAGCUCGGGGUGAUUCGUCGAGAUGUAGCUCGUGUAGAGGGAGUGGUGACCGCAUCAAAAGGGACGGUCGAACAUCUCGCUGCCGUGCAGAAGCAGAGGGACGCUCAAGCAUUGAACGCUCGUCGUCUGACCGAUGGGGAGAAUUUGGUGCCAGUCCCCAGUUUGGUUUCUUCGGGGACGCAUCCCUCACGUUAUGUACGUCAACUUUUCUUUUCUCCUCCCCACAAAUCGUACCUGUUGACGGCGAGUAUGACGUCGGACGUCACCCCCGCCGCCUUCAUGGCCGGAGUGGAUGGAAAUUUUGAUGUUUCCCUCGCUGAGCACUUUGCUGCCGUGACGGCGACCGCCUGCCCUGCAGGUAUCUCAGCAUCCCAGAAUACACAUCCCCUGGCCAGUGUAUCCAUCGUCCGUGGGCUGUCAGCCGCCAACGUCACGGGCUGGACAAAGUGGUACGGUUGUCAGGGACCCUGA